UUUUCUUGGUUUCCUUGGUUUGUGCCGGGUCCCACGGGUCCAUUAGAAGCUAUAUAUUCACGUAGCAUGAGUCGUCAACUACAGAAAAUCCUACAAACAGAACAUUUCCACACGCUUGGACACAGGAGCGGUUCUAUGGACUUAUGCAUCACCAUCAAAGGCGUCUCCUUCCUCUUGCAGGCAGGACUGGGCAUCCUUGCCAAUGUCGUGGUCCUACUGGCCUACAUCCACAUUAUGCUGACCGAUCUGAACCUGCAGCCCGUGGACAUGAUUAUGUGCCACCUGGCCUUCGCUGACCUCAUGCUCCUGUUGACGCGCUGCAUCCCGCAGACCAUGACCGUGUUCGGCCUGAGAAAUCUGCUCGACGAUGGCGGCUGCAAGGUGGUGAUCUACACGUACCGCAUCGCCAGAGCUCUGUCGGUCUGCAUCACCUGCAUGCUGAGCGUCUUCCAGGCGGUGACCGUUGCACCUGCGUCAGGACCGUAUCUGUCCAGGCUAAAGGCCAAGCUGCCGCAGCUGGUCAUCCCCACGUUCGCGAUGCUGUGGUUUAUAAACAUGGCCGUGUGUAUAGCCGCCCCGUUCUUCUCUGUGGCCCCUCGUAACGGUACCGUCCCCCCGUUCACACUCAAUCUGGGCUUUUGCCACGUCGACUUCCGCGAUAACUUGUCCUACGUCAUUAACGGGGUCGCGGUUUCGGUGCGAGACUUCGCUUUCGUGGGCCUGAUGCUGGGCUCCAGCGUCUACAUCCUGGUCCUCCUGCAUCGCCACAGCAGGAAAGUGAGAGGCAUCCGGCGGGCCGCCAAGACGGUGCUGAUGUUGGUGGUUCUGUACGCUGUGUUUUUUGGCAUCGAUAACGUGAUCUGGAUCUACAUGCUUACCGUGACCCAGGUGCCUCCCGUGGUGGCCGAUAUGAGAGUGUUUUUCUCCUCGUGUUAUGCGUCUCUCAGCCCGUUACUCAUCAUCUCCUCUAAUAAGAAGGUCAAAGCGAGGAUGGUGUGUGCAGCCUCAGACCAAGAGCAGCAAACAGUGGACAACAAGGACUCAAAUGUUAAAAACUGA